GCGGCCGCGCGGCAGCUGCGGGGCGUGGGGGCGGCGGCGGCCAAGGCCGAGGCUGAAGCGGGGGAGGCUGUGGUGAAGGCGGCGGCGCCUCAACCGGGGACGGUGCUCCGCUGGGCCCCCUUUCAGGCUCCAUGGAGGCGGCAGCAGGCGGGGGCUGCGGCUCUGGACCGCCGCUGCUGCUGAGUGAGGGCGAGCAGCAGUGCUACUCUGAGCUCUUCGCGCGCUGCGCCGGCGCCGCAGGCGGGGGCCCCGGGUCCGGGCCCCCUGAGGCCGCCAGGGCCGCCCCCGGCGCGGCCACCGCAGCCUCGGGCCCCGUGGCCGACCUGUUCCGGGCGUCGCAGCUGCCCGCCGAGACGCUGCACCAGAUCACAGAACUCUGUGGUGCAAAGCGGGUUGGUUAUUUUGGUCCAACACAGUUUUACGUUGCCCUGAAAUUAAUUGCUGCAGCACAGUCUGGCCUCCCUGUGCGGAUAGAGAGUAUUAAAUGUGAACUGCCGCUGCCUCGCUUUAUGAUGUCAAAAACUGAUGCUGAGAUCCGGUUUGGGAACAUGGCUGAGCUGCAUGGAACUAAAGUUCAGAUUCCAUAUUUAAUCACAGAAAAAAAUACCUUCAAAAGAAUGGAUGAUGAGGAUAAACAGCAGGAAACGCAGUCUCCCACGAUGUCACCCCUCGCCUCCCCUCCUUCUUCCCCGCCUCAUUACCAGAGGGUGCCCUUGAGCCAUGGCUACAGCAAACUGCGGAGCAGCACGGAGCAGAUGCAUCCAGCUCCUUAUGAAGCUAGACAGCCCCUUGUCCAGCCUGAGGGACCCUCGUUGGGGGGCCCAGGAGCCAAACCCCUUCGGCAUCAGGCUUCCCUUAUCCGGAUACAGUUUAAAGCCCUUAACCUGGUGCACCUGAACCUUCAUGAUCUGGACCAGGGGUCCCCAACCCUUGAGCUGUGGACCGGUACUGGUCCGAGUCCUGUUAGGAACCGGGCCGCACAGCAGGAGUCCUUUUCAGUGGAGAGAGAACUGCAGGAUAACAACAGUAGUUACCCAGACGAACCCUGGAGGAUAACGGAAGAGCAGCGAGAGUAUUAUGUCAACCAGUUCCGGUCCCUUCAGCCUGAUCCGAGUUCCUUCAUUUCAGGUUCUGUGGCCAAGAACUUCUUCACCAAAUCAAAGCUUUCCAUUCCAGAACUCUCCUAUAUAUGGGAACUGAGCGAUGCUGACUGCGAUGGAGCCCUGAGCCUGCCAGAGUUCUGUGCUGCGUUUCAUCUCAUUGUGGCUCGGAAGAACGGCUACCCACUGCCUGAGGGCCUGCCUCCAACUCUGCAGCCGGAGUACCUGCAAGCAGCCUUUCCUAAGCCCAAGUGGGAGUGUGCGUUAUUUGAUUCUUAUUCUGAGCCAGUGCCAGCAAACCAACAACCCCGUGACUUGAAUCGGAUGGAGAAGCUAUCUAUUAAAGACGUGGCUGACUUUCCUGUCCCUACCCAAGAUGUGACUGGUGAUGACAAACAAGCUUUGAAGAGUGCUACGGAUGAAGCCUUACCAAAAGAUAUGUCCGAGGAUUCAGCCACUCCUAAGGAUUCCAACAGUCUCAAAGCAAGACCGAGAUCCAGAUCCUACUCUAGCACCUCCAUAGAAGAGGCCAUGAAGAGGGGCGAGGACCCUCCCACCCCGCCACCGCGGCCACAGAAAACCCAUUCCAGAGCCUCCUCCUUGGAUCUGAAUAAAGUCUUCCAGCCCAGUGUGCCAGCUUCUAAGUCAGGAUUGUUACCUCCACCACCUGCGCUUCCUCCGAGACCUUGUCCAUCGCAGUCUGAACAAGGAUCUGAGGCCGAGUUACACCCUCAGCUGAACAGAGCCCCCUCCCAAGCUGCGGAAAGUAGUCCAACAAAGAAGGACAUACCGUAUUCUCAGCCCCCAUCAAAGCCCAUCCGUAGAAAAUUCCGACCUGAAAAUCAAGCUACAGAAAAUCAAGAGCCUACUACUGCUGUAGGCGGGCCAGCUUCUGUAGCAACCGUGAAACCCCAUCCAACAGUCCAAAAACAGUCUUCCAAACAGAAGAAGGCUAUUCAAACUGCUAUCCGCAAAAAUAAAGAGGCCAAUGCAGUGCUGGCCCGGCUGAACAGUGAACUCCAGCAGCAGCUCAAGGAGGUUCAUCAAGAACGGAUUGCAUUGGAAAACCAACUGGAACAACUUCGUCCAGUCACUGUGUUGUGACCCCCAAGAUUCAAGUAACAGUGGGUGACCUUUCCUGCCAAGAUCUUUCCUUUGAAUGUUUCAACACAACUACUUGUCAUAGAUGUCUGAGACUGUGUCAAAAGCUCUUAGCGGCGGAAUAUAAUCCAUAUCACCUUUUCUCUUGUGCUUCACGUGUACGUUUUACUGUGGUGGAAAAAAUACAACUGAUUAUCACACUUGAAAUUGUAACUAUCAGUGGAAUUUACCUCCCAUUCUUAAGUACUUCCUCAAGGUGUUAGAUGUUGCUCCUUACCCAAAACCAAUCUUCUAGCAAAUAAAAACAAUUUAGAGCAUUACUUAUUUAAAGAAUUUAUGACUUGUACAAAACCUUGUAAUCCAGUACCUUCAGGUUUUAUUUUCGUAUGUAUAUCACAUACAGUAGAUUGGUUUCCUGAAUAAUUAUGAUUCCAACUGGAUAGUCUUUGGCAUGAUGAUAAUAAAAACAAAAAGUAGAAGAAAACAAAAGCAUUAGCUUUAGACUGGCGCUGUGCCCUCCACCACUAUAUGCCAAAAAUUGCUUCUCUAGUGCCAUCUUGAUAUUAUAUCUAGCUAUAAAUAAUACAUGACUAUUGUUUUCUAUUGAAUGGCAAAGACUUAUUUAGUCUUUACACCUCUGUAAAGUAGUAGUUUUGUCCAUGAUCUAUUUAACUUGGCCCAGCUAAGCCGUCAACCCAGACAACUCAGCCCUUUCAUGUAGAUUUUUGGGCAAGAGCAAUCUGCCUGAACUGCCUUGUCCGAUCAAAUUAAAUAAAUAGUUGCCAGAUCUCUACUUUUAUCCUGCAUGGGUUAACAUAUCUGUAAAUGCAUGAAUUUGGAAACCACCCAUCAAAUGUGAACGGCUGACGAGACUGUUUGGACUGAUAAGUAUUUGUUGUUUGAACGCAGGUAUUCAAACUAGGGAAGAAGGGGCAAUGGUUGUUACCAGUAAUCCAGCAAUCUCUGGUAGUUAUUUUUGUCUUUGUUAUUUUAACCCGGAUCGUGAGUGUAUUGGGUAUGAAGAAAUAAUGAAAGAAAGCCGAUCCUCACACUGGA